GACGCAGUGGCCGUACAGUAGUGUCACCUGCACAUUGCAGACCGCCUCAGCGCCUCACCAAGCGAAACUCGUUGGCGGCUAGGGUUUUGCUGCCUCCCGAGCCCAAACCCUAGAGCACCCGCGCCCAUCCCAUGGCGUGCUAGGCUUCGAUUGAGACUGGGGGGAUUAGUACCGCAGGCUGGGAUUAGAGCAAGCGCCGAGCGGAAAUGGCAUCGAGUAACCAAUUCGAUCUACUUGGAGACGUCGAGAACGACGACCCUGCCCACCUCCUCGCAGCUGCCGAGAAGAAGGCGGCCGCGGUGCCUAAGCCCGCGCCCGCGCCGGCCAAGUUGCCCACCAAGCCUCCGCCGCCCGCGCAACCUGUGAGGGAGGAAAGGAACUAUGGUGCUCCACCGCGCGAUGGUCCAGGACGUGGAAGAGGCGGCCGCGGUGGCAGGACUGGCCCGAGGCGAGAUUUUGGCGAUGCUGAUGCCCACGGCUUUGAGGGGGGGUAUGGUGGCGGCGGCGGCGGUUUUGGGGACGGUGGAGUUGCUCGCGGUGAAAAUGGUGAGGGUAGGCAGGCAGAGAGGGGCCGUGGGCCCCGCCAGCCUUACCGUGGAGGUGGGCGACGUGGUGGGUACAGCGAUGGGCAGGCUGGGAAUGAGUUUGGACGUCCUCGCCGGGCAUAUGAGCGCCACAGCGGCACAGGCCGUGGCUACGGGAUGAAGCGUGAAGGGGCUGGGCGUGGAAAUUGGGGAACUGCAACUGAUGAAGGCCUUGAACAGGACACUGUGGAUGCUGUUAAUCCUGAGGAGACUACUGCCGUGGUGGAGGAUGAGAAGAAACCUGAAGAUGCACCACAGUCUGAGGUUGAGAAGGACAAGGAGGGCGCGGAGAAUGAAGAAGAAGAAAAGGAACCUGAGGAUAAGGAGAUGACUUUGGAGGAAUAUGAAAAGGUACUGGAGGAAAAACGAAAAGCUUUACUCUCCCUUAAGGCUGAGGAGAGAAAAGUUGAAAUUGACAAGGAGCUACAGGCCAUGCAACAACUGUCAGUUAAAAAGGAUGGCGAUGAAGUGUUUAUCAAGCUGGGCUCUGACAAGGACUUGAAAAAGAAAGAAAGUGCUGAAAGAGAAGAACGGGGCAAGAAGUCCCUGAGCAUCAACGAGUUCUUGAAGCCAGCUGAAGGCGAAAGGUACUAUAACCCUAGUGGCCGUGGCCGUGGUAGGGGCCGUGGGGGGUUCCGUGGUGGUUACAACGGCGGUUAUCGGGGACCAGCUGCUGCUCCAGCGAUCGAAGACCAGGCUCAGUUCCCUGCCCUGGCCUAAGCACAGCUCGUGUUCUCGCUCAAGAUUGUGUCACUUUUGCGGAGUGCGUCAGUCAGUCCUAGUGUUGUUGCUCCCAAGCUUGCUUUCCGGAUUAUGUGUAUCCAACAUUUUCUGAUAUUAUGUACUGGUGUGCUCGUGAUUGCAUGGUUUUGCUAA